GUGGGAACUGGCCCUGCCUCUGAGGCUCCAUCACCCUCCCUCAGUCAAGAUGUGGCACCUCAAGCUCUGCGCAGUGCUCAUGGUUUGCCUGCUGCUGCUGCUGGGCCAGGUAGAAGGUAACCCAAUAUCAGAGCUGAGUCCAGUGAAAAGAAGGCCACGGAGAAUGACCCCAUUUUGGAGAAGCGUUUCCCUCAGGCCCAUCGGAGCCUCCUGCCGGGACGAGUCUGAGUGCAUCACCAGGCUGUGCAGAAAGAGACGCUGCUCCCUCAGCGUGGCCCAGGAAUGACGCACACACCACGACAGCAGCGCCCGCGACAAUGCUCCAUUCUAUGGAACGUUGAUUAACUGCACUUUGCCUGGAGACCCAUAAGUGAAGCAAUCUUGUGUUUUUAAUAUUUAAAGACAGACGUAUGCUUUAAAUAAGUCUCCAUUUCUUCUUAAAAUGUUGAUAUGUGGAUAAACUUGUCAAUUUAGAGUUUAUUUUUCUAUGGAUAUUAUUAAAUGUCUCAAAUUGAAAUUUUA